UCACGUUUCCACUUUACAUACAAAGCGUGCCCCAUUAGGAGUUAAUUGAAAAUGCAUCGCAUGAAGUGCAUGUCUGAAUCGGUUGUGGGUUUCCGGUUCGAUAAGACCAUCAGCACGGAGGAUCUUGCAGACGCUAAUCAGAGCUGCCUUUUGGUGCGAGCCAUGCACAAAUUGAGGCAGUGUUUCACAUGCACGAUGGAUCAGUAAUACUUCGGUAUAAC